AUGGCCCCCAAAGACAACAAAGAAACCAAGCCUGUCAUCACCGAGACCAGACCUGACGAUAUUCUCUGUGGCAAGGAAAAAGCUUGCGUCAGCCAUCCAGGAUCCAUUAACUUCAGAGCCGUCAUUGAUAAGUUUGCUCCAAAGUACCAAGAAGCAAUCACCAAACAGGAAAAGAUGAAUGUCACCAAGGAAAUCUACGAGAGCCUCGGCAGCCAGAACUCUCGCUUCCUCAAGUACAAUGCCAAGGCCAAGGCCUGGGAAGAGCUCACCUCACUGUUGGCACGAGACAAGAUCUCCCACGCUCUCCGAUUCGCCAACCGCGAAAAGAAAUCAUCUGCUCCAUCUUCCACCACCAAGUCCAAGUCCUCCGCAAAGAAGACUCACCGCCGCAAUGGAUCCGACAGCUCGAAUUCUACUCUUUCGACUGCCGCCACCGAACUGAGCUUGGAAGACUUUGAAGACAUGAUGUUGGACAGUGAACCCCUCGACUUUGAGGCAGAUGACAGUGUCAAUGACAAGCCAUACGCCUAUGAGAUCCCCUUUGACAACCUCCCAGCUCCCACUCCCGUCUACUCUCAUUCCUAUGCGCCCCACUAUUACCAACAACAACCGUAUGGACACCCACCCCAACCAUACUACCACUCUCACCACUACCACUCCUACCAACAUUAUGCUCCUGCUCCCCAGCACCACAUGCCUCCUCACCACUACGAGGAACCUCGUCACUACGAGCAACCCCGUGAGGAGGCUGCAAUGAUGGCCUUUCCGGAAAAGCCUGAUGUUGAACUUCCCACAAGAGAAGGCAGCAUGGAUAUCGACUUGUCAGACAUCAUGAGCGAACCUCUUAUCGAGUGGGACAUGCAAACAGACAAUGUCUACACAAUCAACUGCCAAUAG